AUGUUAAAAUCUCAACUUGAGACGAAAAUAGACAUACAGAAAGAAACGAAUGGACCAAAAAAUACAGGAGGUGAUAUCUCUUACCUUGCAAUACACAUAUACUCACCAGAUAGAGAUAUUUCAGUUUCUGGACAGGCAAACGAAAACGUAGCAGCUGAUAACGUGGAAUUCAACUCCGACAUAACUAACAAGUCACGAUACAGUCGUGGAAAAUAUUCUUAUCAUGUGUUUAGGAGUUCGCUGAAAUCAGGCAAAUUUUGGUUGCGCAUUUUUCGACCAUGGAAGUGGCGGAAAAGGCAUCAUAGAGAACGGCUGCGACGAGUUGCAAGUGAUUAUAAACAAGAAAAUUCGCCACCUGCCGUCAUACGCACAUCUUUCAGCACUUUGGAAUCACUCUUCUCUGUUCCGGAUGUUGAUGAGACGUACAGGCCGACACAGUGGAGCUGUUUAAACUCGCCAACUCAAGAGCCCGUCCGAAUAAAUUUGGAUUCAUUAAAGGGAGGAAGCUCUGCUGAAAAUGUUCUUCGCUUGACUACUGAAGAAGUAGUAGUGCCACCAGUUCAAAAAGUUGUAAUCGUUGAGCACAGAGAUGCACUUGGUGCAAGUAAUUUAGCGAGUAUCAAAGCUGUGGAAACAGGUAUUGAUCAUUUUACGACAGAAAAUUUGGUAGAUUUUGAAGCCGCUUUCAUCACAGCUCAAGGCGGACAGUUUAAUCAAAAUAGAGAAAGCAUAAAUGGUGAGCAGCUUAACGAUCAGGAAUACGGUACUCUUCAACUGGAUCCUGGAGAAAUGAAAAGUAUAGUUGUUGAAGAAAUCAUAGCGAAAGAGCCUGAUCUGUCAGCGCGACCAAAUAAACCUGUGUUAAAGAAGCCUGGCGCACCUAGUAGAUUCAGGCUUGUAAAACGAAUACCGAAUCAAAAAAUGCGAUUGAGCGAAAGGAUUCCCGGAGCAAUAGAUAGUGAUGGUCCUGAACAGUCAUUGAGUUCUAAUGGGCUGAGGUUACCGUCCAGAUUAACUGAUGAUAGCGAUAGCGAUACAGACAUCCAAUAUCGUGAUGAAGAAUUAAAUAAACGUCAUGGUAUUGGUCAUAGUACGAAUCCAGCCAUUGCAAGUCGUAUUACGCCGUAUCCCUUAUCUAGUGAAGAUGAUGAAGAUGUUCCACUGACAAGUUUUGCAUUACGGGUAACCAGAAAGGAUACAUUUGCGAAGAUGUUAAAUGUGCCUGAUCCUAUCGAUGACAUUCCGAAUCAAACAUCCGAUGAUAGACGGCGACUGAUGCACAAAGCAAGUAUAAAGUUGGAAAGGAAGUUAAGUGAACGUCCUUCUAUUGAAGAACUGGAGCAACGUAAUAUUUUGAGAGCCAAAGACGCUUCGAUUUCUUCUAAAAUCGCUAUGGACGAAACACGCAAAGUCCUGCUGCGUAAGCUCAGUUUCCGCCCAACAAUACAAGAGCUGAAGGAUAAGCAGAUAAUCAAAUUCAACGAUUAUGUGGAAGUAACAGAAGCAGAAGCAUAUGAUCGAAAAGCAGACAAACCUUGGACAAGAUUGACUUCAAUUGAUAAGGCACUGAUCAGGAAGGAGCUGAAUGAUUUUAAGGCAACAGAGAUGGAUGUGCAUGAGGAAAGCCGAAUAUUUACACGGUUUCAUCGUCCGUAA